AUGGCGCCCUUGCUGACGACGCUCGCCCGCCGCUGUGCGCAAAGCCGUCGCACGGGGACUGCAGCACACCGAUUGCCGGGAGUAAUACGGUUGUCUUCACCGCUGAGUCUGAGUCUGAGUCUGAGUCUGAGUCUGAGUCUGAGGAGUGGGAGAGCGAGGCCGUACACCACGGCGAGAGAAGACCUGUAUCCCGCCGGCGCCGCGGAGGAGGGCGCAUCGACGGGCGAGUUCCAGCUCGAGUUCAAGAAGGCCUACAAGACGCGGCACAAGGAGCGCCACCAGCACGAGAGGGAGCCGAACGAGGCCACCGACGGGCCCGAGUCGAGAUGGAUCAUCACCGCCGGCCUCGAGAUCCACGCCCAGCUCAACACGAGGCGGAAGCUGUUCUCUGAUGCCCGCACAACGCACACCGCCCCGCCGAACACACACAUCGCCCCGCUCGACGCAUCCCUCCCGGGCACCCUCCCCAUCUUCAACCCCGCCGUGCUGCUCCCGGCCCUCCGCGCCGCCGUCGCGCUCAAAUGCACAGUGCCCCCCGAGUCCCGCUUCGACCGCAAGCACUACUUCUACUGGGACCAGCCGGCCGGCUACCAGCUCACGCAGUUCCACGCGCCGCUGGCAGUCGACGGCCACCUCCUCCUCUUCGCGCACGACGGCGUCGCCCCCGCGCUCCACGGCGUCACGCACGACGACUGCGUCCGCAUCGACAUCCAGCAGAUCCAGCUCGAGCAGGACACCGGCAAGACGCUCGCCAGCCCGCCAAACAGCCUGGUCGACCUGAACCGCGUGGGCUCCCCCCUCGUCGAGAUCAUCACCCGCCCGUUCGACUGCCCCGACGCCGCCUUCCCCGCCCUCGUCAUGAAGAAGAUCCAGAGCGCGCUCAAGGCCGUCGACGCCUGCACAAUCGGCAUGGAGUGGGGCGGCCUCCGCGCCGACGUCAACGUCAGCGUGCGCCGCCGCACACCCGAGGGCACGCCGCAGGCGUACGGCCAGCGCUGCGAGAUCAAGAACGUCGCCAGCCUCAAGGCCGUGCAGGAGGCCGUCGAGAGCGAGGCGAAGCGCCAGAUCGCGCUGCUGGAGGCCGGCGCAGUGGUCGAAGGCGAGACCCGCGGCUGGGACGCCGAGAAGGGCGUCACCCGCAGACUCCGUGGGAAGGAGGGCGAGGUGGACUACAGAUUCAUGCCGGACCCGGACCUGCCCCCCGUGCAGGUGAGCGAGGCGCUGCUCGAGAAGGUGAAGCAGACGAUCCCGCUGCUGCCGGACCAGCUGCUGGCGCAGCUUACGGGCGCGCCGCAUCAUCUGAAGGAGAAGGACGCGAAGACGCUUAUGCUGUGGGAUGAGUAUCGCGCGUCGGCGAGUGAGGCGGGUGUGGUGUUCUAUUACAAGGACACGGUGCGGCGGCUGCUGGAUAUGGUGUUGAGGGAGGGGUAUGAGAAGGCCGAGAUCAAGAGGUGGAAUAAGGCGCAGUGGUGGAGCGAGCUGGAGAAGGAGCGGAAGAAGAUGUUGCCCGAGGAGGAGUUUGGCGCCGUCGCGGGCAACUGGAUGGUGCAUGAGCUGGGCGGCGGGCUUACCAAGGAGGGCAUUGCGUGGAGGGAGAAUCCGGUGUCGAGUAAGCAGCUGGCGGAGCUGGUGCUAUUUGUGGUCAUGAGGAAAAUCACCGGCUCAACGGCCAAAUCCCUCCUAACACGCCUCAUCACCGCCCCCUCCGCGGACCCGCACUUCAUCCGGUCCACCGUCGCCGCCGAAAGCCUCGCCGUCGUCGCCGUCCCCGAAGCACAGAUCCUCGAUAUCGCCGAAGACAUCAUGCUGCCUGAGAGCAACGUGCUCGAGGAGCUACGCGGCGGGAAGGCGAUCCCGAAGCGCCAGAAGAGACUCAAGAGCUGGUUUGUCGGAAAGAUUAUGGCGCAGCUGAAGGGCAGGGUGGAUCCUGGGGCGGUGGCGGCGGCGGUGGAGAGGGUGCUGAGGGAGGGGAAGAGGGUUAAGGGGGGGGAGGCGAGGGGGGUGGAGGGGGUGUAG